GAUAAUCGGUAUCAGUGGUUGAUAAGGAAGGCGUGGUGAAAAGUAAAUUACUAAAAGAUUUUUUCAACGAAAAGAAGAGCUACCGCAGUAGUCACUUACCCGCCUUCGCAAUUCAAAGAAUAAGACUUUUUAAGGAUCUGCUUUGAGAGUGCUUUUCAAUGUCUUUCUAUUUUCAACAACCAGAACUGCCAAAUUCUAGAUAAACCUCAUGUAGUUUACAGCAAUACCUCCUUCUCAGUUUGUCAGGACCAGUGUUGACUUUUGUGAAUCAGGAGUGCCAUGAAUACUACAGACGAAGCCACUGCUGCCGAUGCGAAUGCAACCACCAAAGCCAAGACUGGACGGACUGUAAAAAGUGUGAUACCGAAACGAAGGACUGACCUGCUGAAAUGGAACGGUUGGGGUUAUCAAGACUCCAAAUUCAUUGUUGAGGACUAUACGAUCCAAUUUACCGGAAAGCGGUAUCCAAUAGAAGGUAAAUUACCUUAUUUUACAAGCUGGGUCCUAGAGAGGUUCAAUGUAGACCUAAAGAGGCGCAAUUUACCGAAAGACCAAUUCAAGCCAGAAGAAUAUCCCGAACCAAUCAUAAAAACAGAAUUCAUCGAAAGUCUCAAGAGUUUAAAUGUGGACCACUCUAUCGAUGGGCUGGAUCGUCUAGUCAGAGCUCAUGGCCAAACACUUCAUGAUAUCUACCAGAUACGGAAAGGAAUAGUUCACAGGAUACCUGAUGUUGUUGUUUGGCCAGGUUGUCACCAAGAUGUUGUCAAUAUAGUAGAGCUAGCAAAUAAAUUUAAUGUAGUAAUAAUCCCUUUUGGUGGAGGAACAAGUGUAUCUUGUGCUCCCUGCUGUCCAGAAUAUGAAACUAGAACAAUUCUAUCUUUGGAUACAUCACAAAUGAAUAGUGUUCUAUGGAUGGACUUUGAAAACUUGACAGCCUGUUUUGAAGCCGGUAUUAUAGGUCAGGAUCUUGAGAGAACAUUGCAAGAGCAAGGUUAUACUACAGGUCAUGAACCAGACUCCUAUGAAUUUUCAAGCUUAGGUGGCUGGGUGGCAACACGAGCGUCAGGCAUGAAGAAAAACGUCUACGGUAAUAUUGAAGAUUUACUAGUCCAUGUGAAAAUGGUGACAUCAAAAGGUGUCUUAGAGAAAAGUUGUCAGAUGCCUCGUAUUUCCUGUGGGCCAGACUUUAAUCAUAUUGUCCUCGGCUCAGAAGGUACAUUAGGCGUCAUCACAGAAGUUGUCUUGAAAAUUAGACCUUUACCAAAGUGCAAGAAAUAUGGGUCCUUAGUUUUUCGAAAUUUUGAGUCUGGUGUAAAAUGUUUAAGGGAAAUAGCAAGACAAAGGUGCCAGCCAGUUUCAAUAAGAUUGAUGGAUAAUGAACAAUUUAAAUUCGGGAUGAGCCUUCGUCCUGUGCCUGGAUACUUCCGCUCUUUUGCAGAUUACUUCAAAAGGAUUUAUGUGACAAAAAUUCGUGGCUUUGACAUCGACCAGAUGUGUGUGGCAACCCUCCUCUUUGAAGGUGAUCCAAAAGAUGUGGCAGCUCAUGAGAGAAAAAUCACAUCAAUAGCACGAGAGUUUGGUGGACUUGCAGGAGGUGGUCAGAAUGGCGAACGUGGCUACAUGCUUACAUUCAUCAUUGCUUACAUCCGUGAUCUAGCACUUGAUUACAGCAUUGUGGCGGAGUCGUUUGAAACCUCUGUGCCGUGGGACAAAGCCAAUUCUCUCUGUGAAAAUGUUAAAAAAUGUGUUGCCUCCGAAUGCGAAGCCAACGGAAUCAAGCACUUUCUGAUCUCAUGUCGGUUAACACAAACAUAUGACUCUGGUUGCUGCAUCUACUUUUACUUUGGAUUCAACUGGACGACAGCCGGUGACCCAGUGAAACUCUAUGAGCACAUAGAGGAAUUAGCUCGGGAUGAGAUCAUUCGCUCCGGUGGCUCUAUCUCACACCAUCAUGGCGUAGGUAAGGUUCGUUCCAAAUGGUACCCAGGGCAAGUUUCCAGUCUUGGAGUGAGUCUGUACAAGGCAACCAAGAACCAACUUGACCCAAAUAAUGUAUUUGCAUGUGGUAAUCUUGUCAAUCAAUUGUAAUUUACUGAUAAUUUUACUGUAAAUAAGAAAAUAUUGAGUAAAGACAGUAAAAGAGGUUCCCAAAAUAUUAUUAUGAAUAAGAACCAUUCAUAAAAUAUGUAACGCUUCAUUCCAGAUUUUUUGAACCCCCUUGUAACACUCUCAUGAUGUAGAUUCUUUAUCACGUAAAAACAAACAGUUGCUCCUUUCCAUCCCCCUCCCCCUAGUAGCAUUACAUAUUUUAUGAAAGGUUCCAUACUGGACUAACUGAAAGCAAUGGAUUGCAUCCAAGAAUAUUUCUGACAAUUGGUCCUUUGUUACGAUUUCCUCUAAAAAUGGGUCUCAGUUCUUUGCACUGAAAAUCUUUGGGAAAAAUUAAUUUCUCAGGUACUGAAUUUCUAGAUUGUACAACUUCAAAAAUCUCCAAACAUACAGUGCAUUGUGCCAGUUUAUGAUCAAAAAGUUGCAAAUCUUAACCGGUUUUUCAGGCCCUGUCUACAUUUAGCAUCAAAGCCCAUUACCAAUUAUUUAAUAACAUAUUCCAAUUUGACUUUUUUGUACUCAUAGUACAAAAGUCUUUUACCAGUAGUGCUCUUUAAGGGUUACCUGUAAAAGAGACAGAUGUUAAGUUUAUGAAAUGUGAGAAAAUUGCUCCCGAAAUUUUCUAAACUUUGCAUUCUAAUAAUGCUCACAAUCAGCUUACUUGGUCCCCCAAGUAAGCUAGUACAAGAAUACAUGUAUGACAGGGCCAUUGUCACAAUUGAGUUAUGUAGCUCCUUUUGAUUUAAAUAUGUUCAAUUGAGCUCCUAGUUGGAAACUUGGGGUACGCACUCCCAAUGGCUCAAUGUUUUUUAAAAAGAAAAUAAACAAACAAACAAAUCUUAAUCAUUUAAAAUGACAGACAUUAACAUUUGUCUCUUUUACAGAUCUUUCCUCAUAUAUAUAUGUGUGUGAAUUGCACAUAGUCUAAAUGAUCUAAGUUUUAUUUAUUUUUGCUACUUGUUUCGGUCUCAAACCAGCAAACAAAAUGUUAUGGUUGAAUUAGUCGUUCAAUCAUCAUGCUGAUUGUCUGAUUAUUCUUUGAUUGAUCAUCACAGAUGCAUUAAAGUUUCUCCUUGUUUCGAAGAAGCUAUGUUUUUCUUGUAGGUGCAAUUUCACAGAAAUAAUAUUCCAGUAUUUUAGGAGUUAAUUUUGAACCCACAGAUGUAACUAAGGUAAGCAAGUAUGACUGACCUUACUACAUCUACGUUAAUGAAAUCAUACGGUGUUUGUUAUAUGAUAUUUAAAACCUAGUACGAAGGAAACUUAAAAUUAGCAAACUGCCAUUUGAUCAUAAGUCUAUAAGUGGACAUCGUAAUAACCUCUUUUUGUAUGAUAAUGUGACUGAUUUCUGUUAAAAAGAAGGAACGUAUAUUACGGAGAGUCAAGAGUAGUUUUAGAUCACCUACUAGUCAUAUUUUCUACUCUAAAAAAUUAAAGUCAGAAGAAUAGUAUCUAGUUCAUAAAAACAGGUGUAAAUACUAAUCUCUCCCAUUAAAUUUCGUGGAGGAAUAAAAAUAAUAACUUCUUUUCCUCAGGUUCAACUUGAUAAGGGUCGGUCUUUUUCUUCUCUGAAGCAAAAGAAAUUUAUGAUACUUGAUAUUUUCUUAGCUUGUUGAAUUCAAAAGACUUCAUUUAUUUGUGCAAGUGUAGAGCAUAAUGUUCUCUGAUUAUCUAUGUGCAGAACUUUUCAAAGUGCUUCAACAUUGCUAUGAAUUCAAAUGGCAUAUGGGAGGUUUGUGCCCAAUGAGUCUCUUGUACCGAUUCAAUGUGGAAGGAAAAAUACCUCCAACUCAUUAAUGAUCUAAUAGGAACUGAUUUUUCCAGGCAAAUUCUGCAACGAACUUUUAGACACAAAAUGCAUUCAAGCAUUGUAAUUUAUGUUUUCUCUCGGCUAUUUCUUGUAGAACAGAAUUUUUGCAGUAAAAAUUAUUGAAAGCGGCCUCUAACUAAAAUAUCAAAAUUUUUUAAUGCAUAAUUCAAACGUCCCGCUCAUAAAAAAACCAUAAUCUACUGGAGUUAAAUCGCACACUAAAUGUUCACACGAACAGUCAAUGCAGUAUGAAAAUUUGGCAACUUCAAAUUGACGCUUCAGCUAAGUUUUUGCAUGUUUUUGCCUGCCAGAACAGUUAGUUCGUAGUUUAAUUCACUCACUUAGGUUUUCUCGUGAGCAGAAAAUUCAAAUUUUUCGUCGCCAGUGCCAAAUACAAAUGUUAAUAUCAUGGCUAGGAGUUAAUUUAAGUAAUUUUUGUUUCGGAAAUUGUGUUCUACACUUAAAAAUGGAAAUUUAUUGGACAUUUUGAAAAGGAAAUGAGAAUCAGAAUGCUCGAAUUCAUACCCUUUUUAGUUGUCCAUUACACCCAAAAAUCACCAUAACCAGAGGAGAAUAUUGUUUUGCAUGUAAAUGAAGUCUUUAUGUAAUUUUUUUCAAUUUUUUUCUGAAGUCCAUGAAUGGAGCCAUCCACACAAAUUUUCUUGUCUUUUCAUGAAUGCCAUUUUAUGUAUACAAGAUUAAUUAGUUUUAAAUAUUUUUCACUCUUCAAAACCAAGUUUGGUUUUUGUUACCUUUUUGACCUAUCAAAACUGUUAGAUGUUUCAUAUUUGAGCAGAAAGUGCGUUACUCUCUACUCUUGUAUGAGAGAAUCAUUAAUGGUUUAAAAAUGAUAGUGUGUAUGUGUGUUGUGAUAUUGUAAUUUGUUAAUAAUACGAAUUUUUUCCAUUAUGUAUGUAUGCAUGUCUAUGUAACUGUAGUGAAUGAUUACCACCAAGUUUUACCAAAUUCUUUUUUUUCUCAUCAGAUGAACAAUGUGUUCAUACUCCAUGUGUUUUGCUUUAUCUCUUUAACGGUAUUCCUAUAUUGUAUUUUCCUUUUAGUGUCUUUCCUAUUAAUAUUAACCCUCGCUGUUUCCAAAUCAAAUCCUCCUAAAGGUUUGCAACUUUGAUUCUACCCUUAAAACUUAAGUUUUUCUUGUAUGCUUUGCUUCCUUUUUUAAUCAAAAUUUUUAAUGUGUUUGAAAAUACAAGUUCAGAAGUAUACACUGAACUUCUCAAACCUGAAGGCAUGUAUUUUCAAAGCUGAUCUCUGAAUGAUGGCAGGUUUUAAUCUAUUAAGGAUAGGGGGCUAAAAUUAAAGACAAAAAUAUGUAUUCAAGAUUUUAUAUAAAUAUACCAAAAGGAAGUAAAUUUUUUUCUCCUUGUCUUAGCUCAUAAGGUUAAUUUGUUUAGUUCAGAUGGAUUAAAAUUUAGCAGAAAAGCUUGAUGUUAAGCCUGUCACUUUUGUAACUUUGUCCUUCAAAACAGCUCAUUCAAAGAGAAUUUACCACAUCAUAAAGUAAAUUCGUACAUUUACAGUGUGCGUCAAAACUUUACUCACUUGCUAAGUUUAAUUUAACCUUCCAGUGGAAGAAUUCAGAUGAUCUUGUAGUACAUAUCUCCAACAUCUCCGAAAACUUUUAUAGUGAAUGUAAAUGUUUUUUACAUGUUUGUCCCUGAAACAAGUAUUGCCCUUUUGUUCCUUUUGGUGCAAAUUUUAUCAAAGCAACUAAUUCUAAUUUUUUACCAAUCAGAUUAUUAGCUUACAAGUGCAACUUAGAUUAGAUUCUUUGUAUUAAAAGACUUACUCUGGUUCAAAAAAUUUGCUGAAAUAUGACCUUUUUUCAUGGAUGAUAUGAAGUACCGUUGGAUUUUUUAUGACUUGUUUUUGUUGUUAAAAAUACAUAUUGAAGAAGAAAAAAAUUAUCAACCGAUUGGUCGUAGAUCAAAAGAGGAAAAAUUUAGAAAAAAAGAGCAGAUCUAUGGCUCCUCUUGUCAUUUCCAUCAGAGCUGAUACCAGUUCAAUUUUCAAUCCAAAGACUUUUAUGUUAAUUUCUGUUUCAAGUCAAAUUGUUACCAUCUUUUGUAGGUGUUUUGUUAAUGAAUGUAGUAAUCACAAUUAUUGUAGUCAUUUGUGAAGUAUUUUUAAAAUUAACUUCAAGUAUUUCAUUUAGUCAAGUCUUUUAGAAAUUAUGCAGUAUUUCUGAUUUAGUAAUUGCCUUUCCCGGAGGAUUUUUAAGGCUUUGUUAAAUUUUACAGUCAAAGAGUAAGCUCAAAAAUUUAUAAUUAAGUUGCUGCAAUCAAGGAUUCGCAAACUACAUCCAUAUCAUGUUAAUUAACUAACUCAUUAGUUAAUCUAGUAGUUUUUGUUUGCUACUUUGACAAAAAAAAAAGUACGUCCUAAACUUCUAUUUUCAAAGAACAGCUGAUCUUUUUUGUACACAAAACGAGUUCUUUGGUUUUUUUUUGGGGGGGGGACCCUAGCACAGUGAUCACUGAUUUUUCGUUUUAAUUUAUUGGAUAUCUUUAAAGAAGUUAACUGAUAAGAGACUCUUCAAAGAAAUAGCACGUAUAUGUCAGUAUCUUAAGAUUGCAGUAGGUUAUAAUGGUCCACCUAUCAUAAAAAAAUUUAGAAAAAUCAAGAGAACUUUUAAAAAAAUAUAUAUCUCAGGUUAAACAAUUUCUAAGUGUAGGUAUUUCUUGCAGUGGUGGUAAAAUGGGGCUCCCAACAAGGAUUGCUGAAGCUCUAUAAAAUGUGUCUUUUAUUACAUUUCUUUAACAGGUUGAAUGAUAAUCACAAGAUGAAAUGUACAAAGAGGGCUACCGCCACUUAAGAACACAAGUUUUGACUGUUGGUGCCCUAGCUUCAAUUUGUUCACUAUGCCUUAGUGUUCACCGUGCAGUGGUCUCUCUUUUUUAACAUUGCAUUUAGAUCAUUUAACAUCAUUACCUUUCUCAGGCCCAUCCAUAAUGAAUGGGAGACCAUAUCUUUAAUAUUUUGACAAUUUUUAGUACUUUUAUAUGACAAAAAAAUCUUCUAGAAAUUAUCGAAAAUCUAUGACUGAGCCACCACUUUAGUAUUUAAAAAUUGGCUUUAAUCGGAUGCCUCUUUCUACCGGUGGCAGCCACCCCACUCAAUGAGUAUUGCUUUGUGGAAGAAAAAUGUGACCAGAUCUGUAAAAAGGGGCCUUAUCCUCAAGGAGAAACUGUCCCUAAGCUGUUUGCAAAUGCAUAUAGGAAGAAAAUAUGGAAAUUUUGGCGCAAAUCUGACCCUAAAACCUCAAAAAUUGAAGGCGGCAUUUGUCCUGAAGUUCUGAGAAUAAAAUUCGUAGGUUGUAGAAAACAAGGUUUAAGGAAAAUUCUCUCGCAAAAGAUAAGGCCCCUUUUCAUAAAUCUGGUCACAAAUAUACAUAAGAUUUUCAUAAUAAAAGAAUCUUCGAAUUGGGUAAUAUUUCACUACUUAUUUAACCUUGCCACUUAAAAGUAGUCCACAGGGAGAGUUUACAGUAUUUCGUAUUAUUCUUCUUUAUUGUUUGUACUAUUGCCUUCAAGUCUCGCAUUAAUCCAGUCUCUUUUCUUGUAUCCACAUUGCUUGCUUUUCUGCAAAAUGCAUAGGUAGGUACAGAUAAGUUUUUUUAAUGUCUUUUUUCAUGUGUUUUUUUAAAAAAAAGUAUUGUUUACUAGUAUUUUGCACGAUUAUACAAUUAUUCACCUAA